ACAUAUUUGUAACAUAUUUGAAAUGUCGAAUUGUCUUAUAAAAAACUGCAAAAACAUGAGGCGGAAAAAAAACACAAACGAAGUGAUUCGUUAUUUUCGAUUUCCAAAAACGCCAGAUAUUCGUGAAAAGUGGACGCAAGCAACGCAACUCCCCAGCAUAACCAUCAAAGAUCCUCGCAUUUGCUCAAUCCAUUUCACUGAGAAUUCUUUUAAAGAAGAUGAUUGGCUCAAAAAAUCCUACAAUCUUCCCAUGAAUUGCAAAAGAUUGCUUAAGAAUGAUGCCAUCCCUACACUCCAUCUGCAAACCGAAUCAACUUCUACUGAAAAAGAAUCUGAAACCGGUAAUUGCGAAAAAGAAAUAAAUCAUGUCAUCGAACUAACUGAUAAUUCGGGACCCUCGAAUUUUGAGAUAAUUGUUGAUAAUAGUGAACCUGAAAAGUACAAGAGUGAAAUCGAAGAGAAAAAUAGGAAUCUAGAAGAAAUUACAACUAACUUACAAAAAGUGGAAAAUGCUUUGCAAAAAACACAAAGAAGUAGUUUCAAAGGUGAAGGAGGAAAAAGAGAACCUUGUACAAAACUUAUCGAAAAUGUUCACUCAUGGGCAGAUGAGACUUAUCGUGAACCCAACAUUGAAGAAAUCAAAUUAAUUAAACAUAAACGAACUCAUACUGGAGAAAACCCUUUUUCUUGUGAAAUUUGUUUUAAAAAAUUUAGUUCACAAUAUACUUUAAUUCGGCAUAAACUAGUUCACGCCGGAGAAAAACGUUAUUCAUGUGAAAUUUGUAAUAAAAAAUUUAGUUUAGAACAUCAUUUAACUGGACAUAAACGAAAUCAUUUUCAAGAAAAAACUUUGAAUGUGAAGUCUGAAGCUAUUACAUCAGAACAUGUAGAAAUUAAAGAAGAGUUAUCAGAGAAAAUUAUUCAAUUUGAACAUGUUUUAAUUAAAGAAGAAAUAGUCGACGAAAAUUUUUGAAAGAGAUUAGUACCAAUGAAGAUAAACGUUGCCCGUUCUUGAACCUACUUCGCAUUUUUGCGUCUUAUUUUCGAUUUGCACUUCAAUAAAAAAUUAC